AUGGGUUCUAAUGUUAUAGACACCUUUGUUUCUAUGUAUUCUUUUGAGAAAGACAUUGAUAUCUCAUCCGAAGAAUUCAAUCGACGCGUGGCUGAUGUCUCAAAUGUGAAAUAUUCCUGUGCUGUUGAUGGGAUACGAUUGGGGUUGCACAAUGCUGUUAGAGUUUCGGUGCUAUUGCUAUUGAUAGUGGGAAAGCUGAUGAUGCUGGAAGUGUUUUCUAGGGUGUUCAUUCGGCGUAACAUUGAGGGAGGAAAUGCUGUUGCAUUAAUUUGUGUUUUCCCUUGUUCAUACGUUCAUGAAUUUAGGUUUAGUAUUAUGGCAUUAAGUGUAUUACUCAGGCCAUGCUUGGUUCAUGGAAUAACAACAAGAACAUCAUCUUCCCCACCAACUUUUGAUAUUCUUCAUUUCAUGGCUGCUCAAAUGAGAUCCGAUGAAGGUCCUCCACCAAGUUUCUUCAAAGUAAUUCUUCAAAGAACUCUACAAGACAAGAAACUGAUGAUUCCGAUUGCGAACUGGCUGGAAUUUGUGCCAGACUUUUCAAUUCAGAGUGAAUCUUUGCUGACAUUCAGACUUGAAGCACUUUAUACUUUCGAAGUGAGCAUAUAUCUUCCUUCUGGCUGCGAGAUGUGCUAUCCUAUCAUGUCAACUACGCCUGCACGCAAAACCAAUCCCGAGAAAGGAGAGUGCAGUAAGACUUCACUAGGAAGUCGCCAAGCGACGCAAGCUUGGAGAAACUUCAAGACAGAAAUGCCCUGUUUCAACAUUCUGAUGCAGCCAUACCAUUUCAAGCACAGUAUCGUUCAUUUGCCAACUAAAUUCAGCACAAUUCUGAUGCAAGCUCCUGAAUUCAUCAACCUUCAAACUUCCGAAGGACGAAAAUGGAGUGUUCGACUGCGCAAACAAGUUUCUGAAGGGAAAUAUAAUCGUUUCAGAUUAGGGAAUGGAUGGGGCGACUUCCGAGAUGAGAACAAUUUGAAUAUCGGAGAUGUUUGUGCUAUUGAGAUUAUCAACGAUAAUCUCUGGAAAGUUACCAUCUUCCGUGCUGACAAACAAUCUCCAUUUCUUGUGAUGUUUAAUUAGAAUUGCUUGAUGAAAACUUUAUUAUGAUAUUAUGCAAUUUAAUGAUAAGUACUAUUAGUAUUCA